GCUCAAGGGAGGGACAGAUGUCGGCUCCCUGCCGGGGCGGAACCACACCCCGUGCCUUUCGGAAGUGAACCAUUGUCAUGAGGACGAGUUGCGUCUUCUUGGCUCUUGCUGUGCAAGGCGCCGCUGGAUUCGGGGAGUCUCAGAAGUUCUUGGUGGUCUCCUCCCCUGCCACCGGGCAUUUGGCCUACGCGAAGUUCCCCGCCGAUGGGUCGCCGCUAGCUGCCGAUGGGCAGGCCAUGAAGACCCUGAUCAAAUCAGGGCUGGUCUUCCCACAGGGCAUUGCCAUCGACAACCACAGGGGCCGAUUAUUCGUGGCCGACCCCAACCAGACGGGCCUGGUGAUGUAUCCCCUGACCUCCAACGGCGACACGCUGUCGGUGGGAGGCUCGAAGAUCAUCGCGGACAAUGUGCAGACCAGAGCCGUGUCCGUGGACGGCCUCGGCAACGUCGUUUUCUCCGACGAGCCUACGUCGCGCAUUCUCAGGGUUUCAGCCAAGAUGAUCGACGAGGGCACCACCGUCCCUGAGGUGAUCUAUGACGGCAGCGCCGUUCCGUCCCUGAAGUCGCCGGGAGGAGUCGCCAGCGACAACUACUUUGUGUACUGGCUGAACAAGGCCGGUGCGCCGCAGGCAGGCACUCUGAUCAGGGGCCUGCAGUACGCAACAGCCGAGACAAUUCGGAAUGCAACUGCCGGCGUUCAGAUGCUGGCGAACAACGCCCUGAAGUGCUACGGGGUGUGCAUUGCGGGAGGAAAUCUGUUCUACACCGACGAGACGGCGAAGUUGUAUGGCGUGAACCGCGCGGCCACCUCGCGGCACGUGGUCACGACCAUCUCCUCACAGCUCCAGGCGCCCAGGGGCUGCGCCCAUGAUGGGGCUGGGACGGUCUAUGUCGCAGACAAGACGCAGAACGCCGUCUUCCAGUUCGCCGCGAACAUGGACCCUUUGGAGCCCAACACAGCGCUGGCCAAGGCGGCUGACCUGCAGGGCGCCUUCGGCCUGGCCAUCUUUGAUGCUGCCGGUGCUCCCAGCUGCGUAGAGCUGAGGUCCUUGGGGAGGAUCCCUAGUGGUAGCCUUUUGGCCUUUCAAGCAAAGACAAGACACACAUAAAAAGACUUGAAACCAGGGGGAGUCACUAGUUGUCCCAUGUCCCUUGC